CUUGGGCGGAGGGGAGGUGAGGCAGGACGUUUGUUGCCAUUAAAAGGGAGGGAGCAGGGGGCGGAACGAACGUGUCGACGACAGAUGCUGGACGUCAGGUUGACGGUGACGCGCGCGCGCCCCCGCCGGAGUUUAACUAGGAACCUUUCUGGGCAAUGGUAAAUUAUAUUGAUUGUUUAUUGGAGCAGCCAGAGUAUAUCGGACACAGCCACAGACCUUUGUAAUCAUAGUAACACCAAGGCAGUUGCCAAAAGAAAGGGGAUUUGGCGAUGGAGGCUUUGUUUGAAGGAAUACAAAAUCGGGGACAUGAUGGGGGGUUUUUGACAUCCUGUGAAGCAGAACUACAGGAGCUCAUGAAACAGAUUGAUAUAAUGGUGGCUCAUAAAAAAUCUGAAUGGGAAGGGCAGACACAUGCUCUACAAACUUGCUUGGACAUCCGUGAACGGGAACUUAAGACCCUCAGGAGUCAGUUGGAUAUGAAACACAAAGAGGUUGGAAUGUUGCGUCAGCAGGUAGAAGAACAUGAAAAAGUCAAGCAAGAGAUGGCGUUGGACUAUAAGCAGGAGUUAAAGAAACUACAUGAAGAAUUAGACAGACUGAAGAGAAGCUAUGAAAAACUACAGAAAAAGCAAAUAAGGGACUUCAGAGGAAACUCCAAAAAUCACAGGGAAGAUCGGUCUGAAAUUGAGAGGUUAACUGGAAAAAUAGAGGAAUUUCGUCAAAAAUCACUGGACUGGGAGAAGCAACGCUUGAUUUAUCAGCAACAAGUAUCUUCUCUGGAGGCACAAAGGAAAGCUUUGGCUGAACAAUCAGAGAUAAUUCAGGCUCAGCUUGCCAAUCGGAAACAGAAGUUAGAGUCUGUGGAGCUGUCCAGCCAGUCAGAAAUUCAGCACCUGAGCAGUAAGCUGGAGCGGGCCAAUGACACUAUCUGUGCCAAUGAACUGGAAAUAGAGCGCCUCACCAUGAGGGUCAACGACUUGGUGGGAACCAGUAUGACCGUUAUGCAAGAGCAGCGACAAAAAGAAGAGAAAUUGAGGGAAUCUGAAAAACUGUUAGAGGUUCUGCAGGAAGAAAAGAGACAAUUGAAGGCAGCUCUUCAGUCUCAAAAUUUCAUUCAUGAGACAAAAAUGCAAAAGGAGAAGCUACAAGGAAAAUUACAGGCAACAAACACUCAGCACAUAGUAGAGGCCAUAAGGUCGCGGGAGGAGUCUCAGCCAGACAGGACGUGCACCUCUCAAGAGCAGGGGCAUCUAGAGAGUGUGCUCUCCCAGCUGGAUUUUACCCACACCAGUGAAGAACUUCUACAGGCAGAGGUGACUCGACUGGAAGGCAGCUUGGAAUCUGUGAGUACUACAUGUAAACAGCUGAGCCAAGAACUAAUGGAAAAAUAUGAAGAAUUGAAGAAGAUGGAAGUACAUAACAAUGAGUACAGGGCAGAGAUUAAGAAGUUGCAAGCACAGAUUUUACAGGCUGAACAAAGUUACAGUUCUGCACUAGAAGGAAUGAAAAUGGAAAUCUCCCAGCUAACUCGGGAGUUACAUCAGCGAGAUAUCACUAUUGCUUCUGCCAAAAGCUCUUCCUGUGACAUGGAAAAGCGACUCAAAGCAGAGAUACAAAAGGCAGAAGAAAAAGCAGUAGAACACAAGGAGAUUUUGGACCAGCUGGAGUCCCUCAAGUUAGAAAAUCGUCAUCUUUCUGAAAUGGUGAUGAAAUUGAAAUCGGGUUUACACGAGGCAAAAGAGAUUUCACUAGCAGACCUCCAGGAGAAUUAUAUUGAGGCAUUAAAUAAAUUAGUGUCUGAAAAUCAACAACUACAGAAAGAUUUGAUGGAUACCAAAUCUAAACUGGAGAUUUCUACUCACAUGUGCAAAAAAAAUCAUGACAGGAUCUUUAAACCAACACAGAGCAGAGCACCUGAGUUCAAGAAUACAGAGUUCAAGCCAACCCAAGGCCAGCAGAGACAUGAUGGAAUAAAGACUGAGCACUACAAAACAGGUCUUCCUUCUCCAAGCGGACAAACACCGGAUAGGAUAGAGCCCAUGUCCAGGGGCCUCAGCCCCCUGAGUCCUCGCUUCAGCCCUUGCAGCUCCACACUCUCUUUGACUUCUAACUUUGUGUGUAAAGCUCACUCUUUGCCUUCAGUGCUAGAUACAAAUGAAGCCAUUUGUUCUGACACUAUCUCUGAAAGUAUAAAUGACCAAGAAGAGUUUAUGUCUUCGUGUCCCUUGCCUGUAUCUCCUCUUGGUUCAAUAGCUACAAGAUUUUUGGAAGAGGAGGAACUGAGGUCUCAUCAUAUUCUAGAGCGCCUGGAUGCUCAUAUUGAAGAACUGAAAAGAGAGAGUGAAAAGACAGUGAAGCAAUUCACAGCCCUAAAGUAACCUCUUAAAAAUAUCACAAACUUGGAAAUAAAAAGAAACACCGAAGAGUUACUGUCAUCUGAAGUAGCAGCUCUUUAAAAACACAAACAUAUAAAACUCGUCAAGGCGAGGCAUGCUGAAGGUAUUAUGAAGAAAUCUGAAAAACGGAUACUUCUCUAAGGCGUUUGCACUGCACUGACUUGUUGGAAGGACUUUUUCCAGCAAUAACUUGUAAGAAUAAACCACUUGGCUAGACUUUUUUUCUCAUUGAUGUUUAUUAUCAUGAAGUGAUACUUUCUCUUGAUGACUUAAAUGUGAAUAGCUAUAGACUAAAAGAUUUUAUGGUACAUGUUGAAAAUAAAAUCACUACAGGAACUUCAAGAGAAGUAUGUAAUGGAAGUAUGGAUUCCAAGUCUAACUGAUCCGAGUGGAUAUGUUAGUUUUACUACUUAAUAGCCA